AUGACGAUGUUUCCUGCUUCUGGAUCUGCUGCGGUGCCGCAGCAAACAAUAAAUGGGCAAGUAGUGCAAAACGGCAGCACGACUUUGCCUCGCUCCCAUCACCAGAGAACAGGUCGACCACCAGCAGCUCCUAAAUCAUAUGACUACCUUUUAAAAGUGCUACUAGUUGGUGAUUCUGAUGUUGGAAAACAAGAGAUCCUUCAAGAUUUAGAGGAUGGCUCUGCAGAUUCACCCUUUUGCAGCGGUAGUGGAUACAAGACCACGACAAUACUUUUGGACGGAAAGAGAGUUAAGCUCCAGCUAUGGGAUACCUCAGGACAGGGAAGGUUUUGCACUAUAAUUCGUUCAUACUCACGUGGGGCCCAAGGUAUUCUGCUAGUAUAUGACAUCACAAAUAAGUGGUCUUUUGAUAGUAUUGACAGGUGGCUUGAAGAAGUUGAAAAGCAUGCACCCGGUGUCCCAAAAGUUCUGGUCGGGAAUAGGUUACACCUCGCUUUCAAACGGCAAGUACAAGAACGGGAUGCUGAAAUGUAUGCUGCAAAGAAUCACAUGGCUUUCUUCGAAGUGAGUCCGUUGUGCGACUUCAACAUCAGGGAGAGUUUUUGUGAACUCUCACGGAUGGCCCUUCACAGAAACGGCAUGGAGAGACUCUGGAGGAGCAAUAAAGUACUCAGUCUACAAGAGCUGUGCUGUCGUGCAAUAGUAGCGCGGACAUCCGUGUACGGUCUCGAAAGGCUUCCAUUACCGAGCGCCCUGAAGUCCCAUCUCAAGUCGUACGCGAUAUCGGCCGCCCCGAGCCGGCACCGAGCCCGCACGACCAAACACACGCAUCAUACGAGACUCAACUGCACCGGUCGUAACUCAUGUACGAUUGCCUGAAAAUACACCCCCCCAACCCCCCGCCCUGGUAUGUCGCACUCACACUUUGCACGUAUUGACGGUGUGUCAUGAUAUUCUUUGAACGCCAUUCGAAUUAAGGUAUUAGCAGUUAUCGCGCAUAUCGUUUCGUGAUUUGUGUGACAUUGCGGUGUGAAAUCAACAAAACUGACAAGUUAUGAGAAAUGAUGACUGGGCAAACAGUGCUAAAUACAAAAUAGAAAAUGUUUAUAUAGAAAUUUAUUUCUCACAAAUGUUAUUCAAUCGAAGGUCUGACGAUGCUAUCUAUAAUAAUGCAAAUUUAUUUCGGGACAAGUUAUAAACCUUGAGGUUCUAAUUUGAUUUUUUAAGAUUUAAUAAAUUUAAUUAUUCCUAUUGAACAUUUAGUAUUUCGGAGUUAUCACUAUUUGACCGGUGUCGCAGAUAUGUAUUGACCCUAUCGAUCAAAACAACUUUUAUGUUAAAUACUUUUGUUAUAUAAUUUUGCGCCAAGAGUUUUUAGUGUGAGUGUGCGCGUUAUAUUCAUAAGCUCUUAAUGUCCAUAUAUUUAAAUGUAAAUAAAGACUGCUCAUAUUUUCGACGAUAAUCAAACAUGGAUAAACAUUUAGAAUAAAACUGCCAAAUAAUGUUAUAAAUAAGUAUAAUGGACUAUACCAUAAAAUAUGUAAGAGUUGCAUAUCGACGCUUGAAAGGCAAACAUGACUAAGCGACAAUAACUGCUUUGUACAUAAAUGAUAGGCAAUAACCAUAUUCGAUGCGCAAAAAAUAUAUAU